UUCAGACUUCAGUUUGACUGUUGACAGAUCCAGCAAAUCCCAAAUCCAAAACGAUUAAGGAGGCGUAACCUGCCGUUGUCGAGAAUCGGAUAUUUAAAAAAAUUGUUGUAAAAGAAGAGUAUUCAUUUAAAAUGAUUCGAUUUAUUUUAAUCCAAAACCGUGCGGGUAAGACGAGAUUGGCAAAGUGGUACAUGAAUUUUGAUGAUGAUGAAAAACAGAAACUCAUAGAGGAAGUUCAUGCUGUUGUUACUGUUAGAGAUGCAAAACACACCAACUUUGUUGAGUUUCGUAACUUCAAAAUUGUGUACCGAAGAUAUGCUGGAUUGUACUUCUGUAUAUGUGUGGAUGUGAAUGAUAAUAAUCUUUGUUACUUGGAAGCUAUCCAUAAUUUUGUUGAAGUUCUAAAUGAAUAUUUCCACAAUGUUUGUGAAUUAGAUUUGGUGUUCAACUUUUACAAGGUAUACACAGUAGUUGAUGAGAUGUUCCUCGCAGGGGAAAUUCGAGAGACAUCUCAAACAAAAGUAUUAAAACAACUUCUUAUGCUUAACUCAUUAGAGUAAUAUGAAGUAAUCAAUUAAUGAAUGCAUUAUUAUUGUUAUGGAGACAUUCCAUGUUGUAAAGUAAAAAGAUGUUUUUAAACAUCUGAUUAGUAUAAAUUCUACAUUUGAUUAGGUGUUUGUUAGAAGUAACGCUGGAAAUUUAUUUUUAACAUCCUAUGAUUACAAUACUCAUUAGGUGGCUGCUUUUGGCAUUGGAUUAGUGUGAACAUAAUAAAAAUGCAGUUUCACUUCCAUUUAUAAGGAAUGUAUAUUACUUAAAAUGCAGGCUUACAAUAGUAGUUCUUACACAGUAACAUGUCAUUACAAUAAAAAUUUUUCAUUGAUUUUCAGAGUUGAAUUUGAAUAUGAGUUUAUUUGAUAUAGGAUAAACUAAUCUCAUUAGAUUUGUAUAUAAUAAAUAAAAGU